AUGAAGUCUUUCUUUCAUGCCGUUACCCAGCGUCCCGUUCUCGCGAGUUCAGUCCGAGAACUGGAUUUGAGUGGCUGGCAAACGGAAGCCGUUUCCGAUGACGAGCGGGAAAUAAUUGAGAAUGAAACAGUUCCGAAAGGUCUGGUCACGGCAUCGUCUCAUUCGAUCGAAGAGGCUAUACAAUGGAAGAAGAGCCUGAAGAAAGGAUAUGGGGACGCAUGGAUUGCUCUGAUUUUCCCGUUAUUGACCCAUAUACGGCAGCUCCAACUAUCAUAUGCCAAAAGAACAUAUUUUAAGGACCUCACCCUGCAACGGGCAGUCAAUGGCGAGAAGCUGUUUCACAACCGACAUGCUUUUCAAUGCUUGCGGGAAUUCUCGUUCUACCGCCGUGAUAGAGUUGACUGUGUUGACCCCCCACAACAAUCUGAAGACACUAUGCCACCCUCGGCUGCGCUUCUCAUAUCAUUUUUCCACUUUCCUUCCGUGCGUGCAAUUGUCGCUGAUGCAGUGAUAGAUCCGAGUUCAAUCACCAGUGCCGUCAACAGACAGACUGGAUUCUCCUCCGUGUUUGAAAUUAAUUUGCGAGCGAGUUGCGGCAAUCAAGGAAUGGAGGCACUGGUGGCAUCGUGUGCAGACUUGAAGUCAUUCCAGUAUCAGCAUUCCGACUCCCACAUUCUCUCUCAUGGCUAUCAACCAACGGCCUUAUAUCGCUCCUUGGCUCGGAGCAGGGAAACUCUGCAGACGCUGUCACUGGACCAUUACGGCAAUCACUAUCCAUUUACAGCAGCCAGUCUGAAUCAAAACCGUGAUGAAUGGUUUGGAUCAUUAUCCGACUUUACUUUUCUACGAGACCUUUGCAUUCGGCUGCCCAACCUCCUCGAUAUUCAGUACCAAAGCGAUCCCACGAUGGCCCUUGUACAUUGUUUUCCCCUGUCACUUGGAAUACUCUAUAUUGAAGGCUGCAAAGAGCGCCAUCUUGUCAUGCUGGUUGCACAGCUUUUGGCCAUUCUUAAAAAUCGCGCUACCUGCGUGCCGAAGCUUCGGCACGUGGAUAUUGAGGGACCGUUCCAAAACACGUCUUCGAACUUCUCUAGCAAUAUCAGCUCCAUAAGCACACAAACGAUCGUUCAUACAGUAAAUAGCAAGAUCGUACAAGCUGUGGAACUCCUCCACGAGGGUUGUAUUACUGCUGGAGUUCAUUUUUAUGUCCACGAUCGCGCAUUCACUCAAAAGUCCCCUGUUUAA